UCCCGCCUUGAACCUAUCCUUCAGUUGUCUGGGCCACCCCACUGACAGAAAGGACUCACUGAAGGCCUGGACGCUUCCCGCUUUACUCAAUGUGCAACUGAUCUCUGGGGGCUUCUCUAGACCGUGCUUCACUUCCGACAUUUAUCCAAACGCUCCAGUGCUUACGAAAAGCAAACGUCCACUCUUCUCGACAGCCUAGUUCGUGAAGCCGGUCGACACUACAACUCCUAGCAUGCCGGGCAAGCCGACCCCCUCCUGCCGUUGGCGCACUGCCCGCCGGGAACUGUAGUCCCGCUUGGCUGCGGUCUCCCUCCUCCCGCUGCAGCCGGGAUCCUCUCCAUUGUUCCCGCUGGUCUUUGGGGACACGCCUGCGCAGUGGGCAGCAGGAAAGGCGUGCGGGGGAGACCCUCCGCACAACCCCCUUUCAUUGUCUGGGUCUAGCGCCUGCGCAGUACGAGAUCGUUGGGCCCGGGCUGGAGGAGGGGACCAGGCCCCGGCACCUCGCCCUUUGCCGAGGCGCCUGCGCAGUCAGCCGCCGCUCUUUGCCGUUACCGCUAUGUGUGGGGCGUGUGUGGAAUAACGUUAUUGCCCAGCGGCGCUGAGGGGCCGGCAGCUCGACUGCGGCGGCCACGGGGUGGAGGGGAGGACGGCGUGCCAGAGACUCCCGGGACGCGGCGCGCCCCGCCUCCCCCGUCCUGUCCCUCUCUUCACCGUGAGGGGAUGACGUAGCUUUGCCAGAGACUUAAAAGCUAAGCAGAAAAUGAGCUUAACAUCCUGGUUUUUGGUGAGCAGUGGAGGCACUCGCCACAGACUGCCCCGGGAGAUGAUUUUUGUUGGAAGAGAUGACUGUGAGCUCAUGUUACAGUCUCGUAGUGUGGAUAAGCAACAUGCUGUAAUCAAUUAUGAUGCUUCUACAGAUGAACACUUGGUGAAAGAUUUGGGCAGCCUUAAUGGGACUUUUGUGAAUGAUGUAAGGAUUCCAGAACAGACUUAUAUUACUUUGAAACUUGAAGAUAAGCUGAGAUUUGGAUAUGAUACUAAUCUUUUUACUGUUGUACGAGGAGAAAUGAGGGUCCCAGAAGAAGCUCUUAAGCAUGAGAAGUUUACCAUCCAGCUUCAGUUGUCCCAAAAGUCUUCAGAAUCUGAAUUAUCAAAAUCUGCAAGUGCCAGAAGCGCAGAUUCAAAGGCAGCAGAUUCUGCUACAGAAGUGCCGCACAAAGUUACGGAAGCCCUGAAGUCUGAGGAAAAGGCCGCUGAUACUUCUGCUGUGCCUCGUGGUACUCCAUUAUAUGGGCAGCCAUCAUGGUGGGGGGAUGAUGAGGUAGAUGAAAAAAGAGCUUUCAAGUCAAAUGGAAAAACUGAAGAAAAAAAUCAUGAAACUGGAACACCAGGGUGCAGCGUAGAUGCCAAUGCCAAGCAAGUUGAGGAACAGCCUUCUGCAGCCACAAACGAAGAAGCACUUUUUCCUUUCUGUAGGGAACCAAGUUAUUUUGAAAUUCCUACAAAAGAGUUCCAGCAACUAUCACAAAUAACAGAGAGCACUAUUCAUGAGAUUCCAACAAAAGAUACGUCAAGUCCCCAUACAGCAGGUGCAGGGCAUGCUUCAUUUACCAUUGAAUUUGAUGACAGUACCCCAGGAAAGGUAACCAUUAGAGACCAUGUGACAAAAUUUGCUUCUGAUCAACGCCACAAGUCAAAGAAGUCUUCCCCUGGGACUCAAGACUUGCCGGGAAUUCAAACAGGAAUGAUGGCACCAGAAAACAAAGUAGCUGACUGGCUAGCACAAAACAACCCUCCACAAAUGGUAUGGGAAAGAACAGAAGAGGAUUCAAAAAGUAUUAAAAGUGAUGUUCCAGUAUACUUGAAAAGGUUGAAAGGAAAUAAACAUGAUGAUGGUACACAGAGCGAUUCAGAGAAUGCUGGGGCUCACAGGCGCUGUAGCAAACGAGCAACUCUUGAGGAACACUUAAGGCGCCACCAUUCUGAACAGAAAAAGUUGCAGAAGGUCCAGGCUGCUGAAAAGCAUCAAGACCAAGCUGUUACUAGCUCUGCGCAUCACAGAGGGGGGCAUGGUGUUCCACAUGGGAAAUUGUUAAAACAGAAAUCAGAGGAGCCAUCGGUGUCAAUACCCUUCCUACAAACUGCAUUAUUAAGAAGUUCAGGGAGUCUUGGGCACAGACCAAGCCAGGAGAUGGAUAAAGUGUUAAAAAAUCAAGCCACUUCUGCCACUUCUGAAAAGGAUAAUGAUGAUGACCAAAGUGACAAGGGUACUUAUACCAUUGAGUUAGAGAACCCCAACAGUGAGGAAGUGGAAGCAAGAAAAAUGAUUGACAAGGUGUUUGGGGUAGAUGACAAUCAGGAUUAUAACAGGCCUGUUAUUAAUGAGAAGCAUAAAGAUCUGAUCAAAGAAUGGGCUGUCAGUUCUGCUGCAGUCAUAAUGGAAGAGAGGAAAGCACUGACCACACCUGGAUUUCACAGCUCAGAGCUUCAGGAAGCUACAUCUUCAUCUGGAAGCAAACGUUGGGUUUCACAGUGGGCUAGCUUGGCUGCCAAUCAUACAAGGCAUGAUCAAGAUAAAAAGAUGGAAUUAUCUGCACCUGUUCCUUUUGAAAAUGAUACCGAUAUCAGUGAAUCUGGCAUUGCAGUGAGAAGUACUGGCUCUGUAGCUUCCCUGGCUACUCAGGGAGAGAGAAGGAGGCGGACCCUUCCCCAGCUUCCAAAUGAGGAGAAGUCUCUUGAGAACUCCAGAGCAAAAGUUACAGCCCAGAGGUCGGAGAUCGGAGAAAAACAAGACACAGAACUGCAGGAGAAAGAAGCACCUACACAGGCCCUCCACAAAGAUAAACAGGAUACUGACAGAACCCUUAAUAAAAUGAGCAGGGCUGUGAAUGGUGAGACCCUUAAAACUGGUGGAGAUCAUAAAACCCUACAUCACUUAGGACACCCUGCUCCAGGAAAGGAGAAAAAUGAAACUGAUAAGGAAACUUCCUUGGUGAAGCAGACAUUAGCAAAAAUUCAACAACAAGAACAAAAGGAACAGGCCCAGUGGCCACCUGCUAAACUGUCAUCAAAAACUCUUUCAAGCCAGAUAGAUCAAUGUAAGGAAGAAUCUUUGAAACAAGAUUCACAACCUCAAGAAAAAAUUACAGGACCUUCUACAAGCAAAGGAGAAAGGGUGACACAAAAUGAGAUUAAACCAAGAAAAGCUGAGGAAAGUUUGAAAAGUCAGACUUCAAAGGGAGGAGAUAAGAAGGAAUCCUCCAAGUCCUUAGUGCGACAGGGGAGCUUCACUAUAGAAAAGCCUACACCAAACAUACCCAUAGAACUUAUUCCCCAUAUAAACAAACAGACCUCAACUCCCCCUUCGUUAGCCUUAACCUCUAUAAAUCGGAUACGAGAAAGAAGUGACUCUUUGGAUACUGAUUCUAGUAUGGAUACAACCCUUAUUCUAAAAGACACUGAAGCAGUAAUGGCUUUUCUUGAAGCUAAGCUGCGUGAAGAUAAUAAAACUGAUGAAGGCCCAGAUACACCCAGUUACAAUAGAGACAAUUCUAUUUCACCAGAAUCUGAUGUGGAUACAGCUAGUACAAUCAGCCUGGUGACUGGGGAGACUGAAAGAAAGUCAACCCAAAAACGAAAGAGUUUCACUAGUCUCUAUAAAGAUAGGUGUUCCACAAGUUCUCCUUCCAAAGAUGCUACAAAAUCAUCAUCUUCAGGUGCUAGGGAGAAGAUGGAAAAGAAAACAAAAAGUCGAUCCACGGACGUCAGUUCAAGAGCAGAUGGUCGUAAAUUUGUACAGUCCAGCGGAAGGAUCCGGCAGCCUUCAGUGGAUUUAACAGAUGAUGAUCAGACCUCUAGUGUACCUCAUUCUGCCAUCUCUGAUAUUAUGUCAUCUGAUCAGGAAACUUACUCUUGCAAAUCUCACGGGAGGACUCCACUUACCUCAACUGAUGAGCAUGGACAUUCCAAACUGGAAGGCAGUAAAGUAACAAAAUCCAAGAUUUCUCCUGUAGCACCUGGUUCAUCCAGUAAAUCGACCACUCUUCCAAGGCCGCGACCUACCAGGACAUCCCUCUUGCGCAGAGCCCGCCUGGGUGAAGCUUCUGACAGUGAACUUGCAGAUGCUGACAAAGCAUCUGUCGCUUCUGAAGUGUCCACAACAAGUUCUACAUCCAAACCUCCCACAGGAAGGCGAACUGUCUCUCGGAUUGAUUUAUUAGCUCAGCCUCGUAGAACAAGGCUUGGCUCGUUGUCAGCUCGUAGUGACUCUGAAGCCACGAUAUCUAGAAGUAGUGCCUCUUCACGUACCGCAGAAGCCAUCCUUAGGAGUGGAGCCAGAUUAGUACCGUCAGAUAAAUUUUCUCCUAGAAUUAGAGCUAACAGUAUCUCUCGACUCUCAGACUCCAAGGUCAAAAGUAUAACCUCAACUCAUGGCUCUCCUUCAGUAAAUUCAAGAUGGAGGCGCUUUCCUACUGAUUAUGCUUCCACCUCAGAAGAUGAAUUUGGAUCAAACCGUAAUUCCCCUAAACAUACUCGUCUACGUACUUCUCCAGCCCUGAAAACCACUCGCUUGCAGAGCGCCGGAUCAGCAAUGCCUACUAGUUCUUCAUUCAAACACCGGAUUAAACAGCAGGAAGACUACAUCCGAGACUGGACUGCUCAUCGAGAAGAAAUAGCCAGGAUCAGCCAAGAUCUUGCUCUCAUUGCUCGGGAGAUCAACGAUGUAGCAGGAGAGAUAGAUUCAGUGACCUCCUCAGGCACUGCCCCUAGUACCACAGUAAGCACUGCUGCCACCACCCCUGGCUCUGCCAUAGACACUAGAGAAGAGUUGGUUGACCGUGUGUUUGAUGAAAGCCUCAACUUCCGAAAGAUCCCUCCAGUAGUUAACUCUAAAACACCAGAAGGAAACAACGGCCGGUCUGUGGCUCAGCCUGCAGAGCCCCCUGAUCACUUAACAAUUACAAGACGGAGAACCUGGAGCCGAGAUGAAGUCAUGGGAGACAAUCUGUUGCUGUCGUCUGUCUUUCAGUUCUCUAGGAAAAUAAGACAAUCGAUAGAUCAAACAGCCGGAAAGAUCAGAAUAUUAUUUAAGGACAAAGAUCGGAAUUGGGAUGAAAUAGAAAGCAAGUUAAGAGCUGAAAGUGAAGUCCCUAUUGUGAAAACCUCAAGCAUGGAAAUUUCUUCAAUUUUACAGGAGCUGAAAAGAGUUGAAAAGCAGCUACAAGCAAUCAAUGCUAUGAUUGACCCGGAUGGAACUUUGGAGGCUCUGAAUAACAUGGGAUUUCCCAAUGCCAUCUUGCCAUCUCCACCAAAACAGAAAACCAGUCCUGUGAACAACCACAGCAGCCCCGGUCAGACACCAACACUUUGCCAACCAGAAGCUAGGGCUGUUCAUCCUGCUGCUAUGUCAGCUUCAGCAGAAUUUGAGAAUGCCGAAUCUGAGGCUGACUUCAGUAUACAUUUCAACAGGUUCAACCCUGAUGGGGAAGAGGAAGAUGUUACAGUACAGGAAUGACUUUCUCUUGAUUGUUAAAAAAAAAAAAAAAAUGACCUGUGGAUUGACUAGGAAAUUGGAAGCAGUGUAGUGUUGACUUACACAAAACAAGACAGCUUGGUGAAACUACAAUUUGUUAUCCCUGUCUUCUUAAUUUUAUUUAUUUAUUUUUUACCUAUAGCGUGAUGCCAUAUCAAUCUUUUCAAACCAUUUAAAUACCCAUUUGAUGCACACAUAGGAGAAAGCAGACUGUUCAGUUUCACCUUCUGUAGUUUUAUGAUAUUCAAAAUGGUGUUAUGUCAUUGUAUCCUUUCCCUUCAUAGACCUUUGUCUUUCUUUUAAGCCAUGCUGUGACCUACAGACAAACUAAAAACUAUCCACCAUUUCUGAACCCCCAAGUCUCCUGUGCCAAGCUGCUCCUUGAAAUGGACUUCCACUUCAUCUGUACAGAUUUGUUAAACCAUUGUAUUUGCUUCUUAAUAAUAGGAUUUAUAUUAGUACUCAUUAUCACUGGACACAGUGACAUAAUACUCGCCACAGUAAAGCAGACCUUUCACAAGAAUCAUUCUGUGUCCUAAAAUUUUCCAACAUAGCUGUGAUUUAUAUAACUCUGUUGUUUCGUAAAUUGUCUUGGGGUUUACGGAGAUUAACUAUUAUGUUUGCACUAAGAUUUACUGGGAGUGGUAGGUGGACAUAAUGAUAUAUCAAUAAGGACUAACCAUCUUCUUUGUACAUAGUCAGUUGAUAAUACUGUAUUUGUUUUAAUCCCACAGUGUUUUACUCCACUUUCCAAAAGGUGAAUUUGGCACUUUUUUUCAAAUUUUUAAUGGACAUAAGAUUUUGUCUCUCAUUUUAGGUUCAAUGAUAACUAGAAAGAUUAAACUAGACAGAUAGUUCAGGUGGAGUAUAUUUUUAAAGCUAAGAACAUGUAUAUUGGUCCUGUGUUACCAAGUUUAUAUGUGACAUUUGGAAAGAAAAAAAAAAUCCCUUGAAAUGAUCAUGAGGUUAAAAUUUUCUUCAUUAGGACACUUGGAGGACCAGUAGUCAUAAGAUUAGUUGGUAGUUUGACUCCCAAGCAAUGAAUUUCUUCUGUGUGUUUCCCUGUAGGACCCAGUAAUAAUGUCUCAGAAUAGCACAUUUCUAAGGACCCUGCAAGACAAAGGCUUUGGACCUGUGCUACUGAACAGGAAGCCUGGGAGAAGUAUCCUCUGUAAGCUCUUUUUUUCCCCCCAGUAAGUUCACUUUUGGAUAAGUCUAAAAAGAAAAUAUUUAUCUUUGUGUUUCCAGAACACUAUAAUUUGGAUGAAUCUUAAUUAAAUAUUAUUAGACCUGUAUUUUCCCCUUGACUCCAGCAGUCUAUAAAAUGAAACUGCAACUGUAAUGAAAUGAUCUUCAACCUUUCAGCAAUAAUCCUGUGCACAUGUGUUUUAAGAAACAAAGUAACUACAUGUCAAAACUUUACAGGAUUUAAGAAGCCCUGUACUGUUGGACCAGUUAACAGAGAUGCAACAAACCUUCUUUUGUAGAGAUGUAAAAACAAGUCUGUUAUAUAAUGGAUCUCAUAUUUUUUUUAAUUAAAAACAAAAUAAAUGAACUCUCCUCCUUGUAAAGGUAAAUUUCCCAUUCUAUCUAUAAAGAUAGAGUUUAAAAAGGGCCUAAGAAGCAUAAAUUAAAAAAUAUAAAUGCUCUGAUGAAAUGAAUGAAACAAUACAGGGUAGAUCCAUUUGAAGAAAAGUUGUUCAAAAUAGUCACCAUCAUUCCUCCUUUUAUUUAAAGUUUGGGUACUGAUUAUAUCCAUGUGGAAAAUGAAAGGUAAGGAAUUUAGGAAAACAUUAGCAUCUGCUCUACUUACAUUAUUGUUUAAGUGUUACACAGUUUUGUUCAGUUAUAAACAUUUGGCCUUUUACUAUGUUAUUUUUAUUUUGUAUGAAUACAUUAUUCUCCUUAUUUAUUUUUGUUACAUUUAUUACUUAUGUUAUUUUGUUAUGCAUUUUCAACUCCCAUUUUUAAAUAAAGUGUUUCUGGAACUUUA